UUUGUCGAAAGGUACAAUAAUGCUUUCCCUUUUUAAAAUAAAAAUUAUUUGAUAAAAUUGUAGUACAUUGACAAUUCAUCCAUGUAGGGAAUUGGGAUACUUGAAGUCCUUUGUACGAAAUAAAGCACAUCCAGAAGGUUCUAUUGCUGAGGGUUAUUUAGCUGAAGAGUCUCUUACUUUUUGUUCUCGGUAUAUUGACAACAUGGAGACUAGAUUUAAUAGGCCUAGUCGUCUUUGUUAUGAUCCCCCUUAUGAAAUGUCUUCGGUCUUGCCCAAGUUAGGUACUCCACAUGGAGGUCAUUCAAACUUCAAUUUAACUAAAAUAGAGAAGUUGCAAGCUCAUCGCUAUGUGGUUUUCAAUCGCGAAGGUGUGAAACCAUAUAUCAAUGCCUUUAGAGACCACAUUAGGAGAACUUCAAAGGGAAGAAGAAUCUCACCUGCAGAGAUAGAAAAGAAAGUUAAUAAAGAUUUUGUUGAUUGGUUUCAAGAAUUGAGUGUGAAUCCAGAUAAUCCAUACGAAAUGUCAACUGAUAUAAAGUUUCCUGCAUGAGGCCCAAUGAUGAAUGCAAGGAGAUUUUCUGUUUAUGACAUCAAUGGGUAUAGAUUUCAAACUUUGACUAGAGAAUUUGGUCUUAAGACACAAAAUAGUGGAGUAUUCUUAGUCUCUAACACACCCUGCAUUGCAAGUAUUACGGAUAGAAAUAUGAGACAAGCAAAUUUGCCAUAUUAUGGCAAGUUAGAAGAUAUAAUUGAACUUAACUACCAUGGACAAUUUGCCGUUGUUCUUUUUAAAUGCAAAUGGGCUGACACUACUAGGGACAGAGGCUAUAAAAAGGACCAUUGGAAUUUCAAUUGUGUCAAUUUUGAUAGAUUAAUUCACACGGGUGAGCGUGAGGAACAUGAACCUUAUACUGAAGUAUCUCAAGCACAAAUGGUGUAUUAUGUUGAUGAUAUGGUAAAUAAAGGGUGGAGUAUUGCUGUGCAUGUCAAGCCAAGGGAUAUGUAUGACAUGGGUCAAGGAAAUGAAGAUAUAGUGUACGAAAAUGAGCCAUAUCAAGAGCAAGAACUUGAACAAUUAUUUGACCCCAAUAAUGAGUACAUCCAAUUAGCUACCAAUUUAUUAGAUAGCGAUGCUAUUGAAGAUAAUGUAGCUACUAACUUGGCAAGGGAUAUGUUUAAAUGAAAAUUUUUACAAAAUUUUACCAAAGGUAACAUUUUAAACUUUUUAUUUAUUAUGUGCUUGACAUUUUACCAAAG